CCUGCCCUUUCCGAGCGGAACAAGAUGGCUCCUCUCCUCCGCUCCGCGCCCAUAAUGCUCCGCGGGGACUCCGGGCAGCAGCCGGGCUUCCCCUCUUCCGGACUGUCUUGGGCGCUGGGUUGAAGCGGAGCGGCGUCGGUAGCAGCAGCAGCAGCGGCGGGAGGAGGAGGAGGAGAGAGACGGCCUCGCUUGGGUGUUGCUGAAAGACGGUCCCUUAUGCGGAAGGAAGGGAGGAAGGACUGAACUGGCCGCCCUCGGUGGGCCAUGAAGCUCCAGCUCCGCCCGAGCGCGGCGCUGCUUCCCGCCCUUUCCUUCCUCUUGUUGAUAUUGGGGGUUCCUGGGUUGGGGGCGUCGAGGCACCCGCCUCAUUAUCCUCCCUCUCAUCCGUCCGAGCAUCCCCGGGGCAAGCAUCGGCCGCCGCGAUACGAGAGGCUGGAAUCUGUUCUCUCAGACUACGAUAUUCUUUCUGUGUCCAACAUCCAACAGCACUCAUUAAAAAGAAGACACCUUCAGCCAGAGUCCCAUAUAGAGAAACUCUUAAGUUUUUCAGCAUUACACAGGCAUUUUAAACUCUACUUAACUUCAAAAGCAGAACAUUUUUCAAAAAACUUUCAAGCACUUAUAGUGGAUGGUCAAGGCAAUGAAAAGCAGUAUCACAUACAGUGGCAAGAAUUCUUCACAGGACAUGUUGUAGGUAAGAGUAAUUCCAAGGUUAUAGCACAUAUAGGUGAAGAGGACUUCACCGUGAGGAUCAAUACUGAUGAAGAUGAAUAUAAUGUUGAGCCCCUGUGGAGGUUUCUGAAUAAUACACAAGAUGAAAGACUUUUAGUCUACAGAUCAGAAGACAUUAAGGAUUUCUCACGAUUGCAGUCUCCAAAAGUAUGUGGCUAUGUUAAGCUAGAAGAAGGGGAGCUGUUGCCUGGAGGACUGAAGAUUAAUAAAUUAAAUGAAGUGAACCUCCCUCGGCGGAAAAGAGCUAUUCCCGACCCUUUCAAGAAUACCUGCAGGAUGUUAGUGGUGGCAGAUCAUCGCUUCUUUAAAUACAUGGGCCGUGGGGAAGAAAGCACUACAAUUAACUACUUAAUUGAAUUAAUAGACAGAGUGGAUGACAUCUAUCGCAAUACUUCAUGGGACAAUGCAAACUUGAAAGGAUAUGGCAUACAGAUAGAACAGGUUAUUGUUCACAGUGAGCCACAGAAUGUAACUUCUGGACAAAGACACUAUAAUAUGGCAAAAAGUCAACCAUAUGAGGAGAAUGAUGCUUGGGAGGUGAAACAGCUGCUGGAGCAAUUCAGUUCUGAUAUAUCUGAGAAAGCAGCUCAUGUGUGCCUUGCUCACUUGUUUACAUAUCAAGACUUUGAUAUGGGCACUCUUGGACUGGCUUAUGUUGGAUCUCAAAGGCCAAACAGCCAUGGUGGCAUCUGUCCAAAGGCUUAUUAUAAUUCAGCAGCUGGAAAGGAUGUCUACCUCAAUAGUGGCUUAACCAGCACAAAGAACUAUGGCAAAACUAUCCUUACCAAGGAAGCUGACUUGGUUACUACCCAUGAGCUGGGGCACAACUUUGGGGCAGAGCAUGAUCCUGAUGGUUUGCCAGAAUGUGCCCCCACUGAAGACCAGGGAGGAAAAUACGUUAUGUACCCGAUUGCUGUGAGUGGGGAUCAUGACAACAACAAGAUGUUCUCCAGAUGCAGUAAAGAAUCCAUUCUUCGGACUAUUGAGGCCAAGGCCCCAGAAUGCUUCAAAGAGCGUAAUAACAAAGUAUGUGGCAACUCCAGAGUGGAUGAAGGGGAACAGUGUGAUCCUGGUCUCUUGCAUCAAUAUGAUGAUCCAUGCUGCACAUCUGACUGCAAGCUACAGCCGGGUGCAACAUGCAGUGAUCGAAACAGUCCUUGCUGUAAAGGAUGCCAAUUUGAAAGUGCACAAAAGAAGUGCCAGGAACCCAUCAAUGCUACUUGUAAAGGAGAAUCCUAUUGCACAGGCAUUAGCAGUGAGUGUCCUCCUCCUGGGAAUGCUCCAGAUGACACAGUCUGUGUGGAUCUGGGCAAAUGCAAAGAUGGGGAAUGUGUCCCGUUCUGUGAGAGGGAGAAGAACCUGCGUUCCUGUGCCUGCAAUGAAACGGAGAAUUCCUGCAAGGUCUGCUGUCGAGGCAAGGAUGGGAGAUGUAGCCCUUUUGUUGAUGUGGAUCAGAAAUUCCUGUAUUUAAGGAAAGGGAAACCAUGCACGGUGGGAUUCUGUGACAUGAAUGGUAAAUGCGAGAAGCGUGUGCAGGAUGUGAUCGAACGACUUUGGGUUUUCAUUGAUCAACUUAGUAUCAAUACAUUUGGAAAAUUUCUAGCAGACAACAUAGUAGGAUCUGUAAUUGUAUUCUCCUUGCUAUUCUGGAUUCCUCUAAGUAUUCUUGUCCAUUUUGUGGACAAGAAGCUGGACAAGCAGUAUGAGGAGAACACCAAAUCUUUGUUUGGACCCAGUAACAUUGAGAUGCUCAGCAGCAUGGAUUCGGCCCCGGUCCGAAUUGUCAAACCAUUUCCUGCUGGACCAUCUACUGCUCGACAUCAGCCUCUACAGCCUGUGGCAGUGGCACCAGCAGCUGUGGCACCAGUGGCUCCAAAACUAGACCACCAAAGGAUGGACACUAUUCAAGAGGACCCAAGUACAGACUCUCACUUGGAGGAGGAGGAGGAGGAGGAGGAAGAUUGUUUUGAGAAGGAUCCUUUUCCAAAUAACAGCACAACUGCCAAAUCAUUUGAGGAUCUUACAGAUCAUCCUGUCACCAGAAGUGAGAAAGCAUCAUCCUUCAAACUGCAACGCCAACACAGAGUGGACAGCAAAGAAACUGAGUGCUAGUCUCUCCCCUGACUUUUUGAGGUGCUGACUGUGACAAGCAAAAUCAUGUUCACCUAAAUGUUGAUCUAAAGCCAUUUCAUUAUAGAAAUUAUCAGUUGUAUGUGUAUAUAUGUAUUGAGAAGGGGAAACAGGGAAGUGAACUACUGCAGAUGCUGGCCAUGUGUAUGAUCUUCCUUAGUUUCAAUUUGGAGUGCUACUUUUUUAAAACACAGACACACGCAAACUAAAGCCUCAAAGUAUAUUUGAAGCUUUUUGAAUUUUUUCUAUAGUCUUGAUUUGAACAUUUCCUUCAGCCUGUGGUGUAGAGGCAUAAUCUGCCUGACACUAGAUUGUGAAUAUUAAUACUUUUAUAACAUACCUUCUUGUAGUUGAACAGCACUGUUAGACAUCCCGUCCCCACCGCCCUUGAAUACAAAGGCCCUGAUUCAGCUGAAGUUGGACUGGGGCCAACGUUUAGUUCCCACCUUGUGUUUGAGCAUUCAGCAGUCACGGUACCCUUAAAGACAUUUAAAACAGUAUUUCCCCCCCCUUUUAAAAUGAAAAUGUAAAUAAGAUUGACAUAAUUGAGACUCCUGCAGGUUGCACUGUGUAUAUGGGUUACACAGUUACAUUUGGUAGGAGCAAAAGAACAGUGAAAUGUAGAUAUCGGAAUCUGCUAAUUAACAGAAAACUAAAAUAAAACUUUUGGCCAGAAGCCAGUGUGAGCAUUGGCAACUUUAAGGCCCCUUGAUCUCAAUGGUAUUUUAGUUGAGUAUAGCUAUGUGCUGGAUGGCAAAACAAGGUGACUAAAGUGCAUACUGCAACUUGAUUCUUUUAGCUGUGUGGGAAGAGAAUAUUAUUCCAAUGUACUUAAACACAAAUUCCUGCUUGCCAAAACUUAAAGAGAUGAAAAGAGGGGUGCUGAUCAUGACUUUUGUAUGCUACAGAACUAGAAAUUAAAAUCCAUGAGGUUUCUUUAAAGUAACGGGUAUACAUUGUGUGUGACAUCAUGUUUGCGCUGCAGUGGACUUAGCACUGCAUUUGUGUGACCCUGGUUCAUUUCAGUGACGUGCCUUCAUAAGGUUGUCCUUGCUAGAUUGUGUGUGUGCUAGCCCCUGACACAGUGCGGGGUGACUCUCCAGGAACAAACACAUGGUUGCAUAUGGAUUUCUGCCCUCUGCAGCCUGGCUUGUAUGGACAGUUCUGGCCUUUAUCCAGAGAUCUGUAAACAGCCACAGCUGUGUCCCUGUUCCAUUUAUGAAGUCUCUCCCACCCAUUUUCCCCCUUUGGGCCGGAGCAGGACAAUUUCCUCAUAAUCUCGGCAGUCAAAGAUCUGGUCUCUGGAUCAGGGCACAUCUGAAGAAAUGCAUGGACCGUAAUGGAGUGAAAAGGAUACAUUUUUAUUUCUGUUUGGAUAAUGAUUUUGCAACUUUUCUCCACAUAAUCAUUAAGUUUGAUUUGUAUAAAAUGUGAGCAAUUAAUAGCUGGAUCAAGUGUCUACUUAAAACAAAAACCCAUAACCCAAGAAACCUUAAGUAUGGAAGGCUUGUAUUCUUUCAUAUCUGAUAGAGAUUAACCAAACCUGUGACAAAUGUGCAUCUUUCAUGGAUAUGUGUUACACUAAUACUUGAAUGUGCCUUUUUGAUAUUUGUAUCUAUUGCCUAGCAAUUUUAGACUACUAUGAUAUAUGUAAACUUUGUAUGAGAGGAGUGUAAACUCCUCAGGACAGUGUAAUAAAAUGAUUUUUUUAAAAAUAGAA